AUGCCCUCCGAGAAAAGCAUCCAGGCGGGCCUGUCACUCAUUGAGAGUGACAAGUCCAAAAUUCUGGGCCUAACAAUGGGAACCCAUGAAAAUGUUCAGCCAGGACUUUACAUUCCCCGUGCAGAUGCUCAAUCCCCUCCAAAGCUGUCCUUCAGUGGCCUCUCCACCUCCAAGACUUAUCUAGUGGUCUCCCUUGAUAUUGAUGCACCAUUCCCUUCUUUUGGUGUCCUUGGACCUAUUCUUCACUGGAUCCAGCCUGGUGUCAAGGCUUCAGAGUCUGGAGAGCUUGAUCUCACUGCACCUUUUGUUGCCAACUAUAUCGGUCCUGCUCCCCCGCCAGGCAGUGGACCUCACCGCUACACCUUCUAUCUCUAUGAAGAGCCAGCUGGUUUUGAGACGAAGAAAUAUGCUCCUGCCGAUGGCAAGAAGCUAGGAAACAUGUCACGAAUUCGAUAUAACCUUGAUACCUGGGCAAAGGAGAUCAACUUGGGUCCUUUGCUGGCUUACAACUACUUCACGAGUAACUAG